UCAACUCAAAGUAAAGGUCAACUAGAUAAAAUAUCAGUGUACCAGUUUUGUCGAAUUAUUUUGUGCAAUUCCGAUAACUGAAAAAAAAUUAAUUAGUUUGAAUGUCACUAAUACUCAAACGUGGAAGCGAAAAAAUGUCAAAAGCUGACGAUUUUCUUAUGGAAUUAUUCAGAUCAGCUGUGAGUGCCGUACAACCUCAAAAACUAAUUGAACAAACUGUCAGAGUGAACAAUCGCCAUCUAGUGGUGCGCAACAAAACCUAUGAGCUAAGGAAACCUGUUCGCGUAGUAGGAUUCGGUAAGGCUGUUCAUGGAAUGGCGAUCACUCUUGAUGGAGUUCUGGGUCCUCUCCUACAGAGGGGGAUAGUGAGCAUUCCUGAAGGAUCGUUGAGGAGUCUUCAAAUUGAUACUGCAAAUAGCAGAAUUGAGUUUUUGGAAGGUGCUCUUAACAACCUGCCCGAUGAGAAUUCUUUGAAAGCAGCUUUAAAAAUAAAGGAUUUCGUACAAAAUCUCGACGAAAACGAUACUGUGAUGGUUUUAAUUUCCGGUGGUGGUAGUGCAUUAUUACCUUUACCUAAAGGUAAAAUCACACUGUCUGAAAAGCUGGAUCUGGUGAGAAAGUUGGGCCAGAAAGGAGCGGAUAUAUUCGAAAUGAACUGCGUAAGAAAAGAAAUAUCUCAGUUGAAAGGAGGUGGUUUAGCUGUUCAAUGUUUCCCUGCUAGAGUGAUAACCUUGAUAUUAUCGGAUGUUCUCGGAGAUCCCCUUGAUAUCAUAGCCAGCGGACCGACCUGUCCUAACACCGAUGGACCGGAAAAAGCGAUGGAUAUAUUGAAGAAAUAUUCUCUUUAUGAAGAACUGCCAGCUUCUAUCAAAGAAACACUCAAUAGUAACUUGGAUCCUGAUGAAGAUAAUGAAUUUAGGAAGAAAAUAUUCGUUAAAGUCGAUAAUUUCAUCAUUGGUAAUAAUAGAAUUGCAACUCAGGCAAUUGUAAACAGGACAAAAGGACUGAAGCUGCAAUGUUUCACCCUCUCCACUAAUGUGAGUGGAGAUGUCGAAGAAAUAAGUGAUUUUUACGUAAAAAUAGCAACGAUAUUCCAAGCUUUUCGAACGAAUAAAAAAACCAACGAUGAAGUCAUUGACUAUUUGAUAUCCAUACAAUCAAAUUUAGUCCUUUAUGAAAACGCUUGGGAGGAACAAAUCAAGAAUUUGGAUUCAAAUCGUGAUAUAAUUGUGGUACUCGCUGGUGAACCUACUGUUUUUGUGACUGGUAAAGGAAUUGGAGGAAGAAAUCAACAGUUGGCUCUCUCUUUCGCAUUGAAACUAUCGCAAAUGGAAAACGCCGAGUUUUACAAGGAAAUUCAAUUCAUGAGUUGCGGUACAGAUGGUAUAGAUGGCCCAACAAACGCUGCCGGUGCUAUAGGAUUCUGUAAUAUGGUAGCAGAAGCUAAAGAGGAAAAUUUGAACGCAGAAGAAUAUUUGAAAGACAAUGAUUGUUAUAAUUUCUUCAAGCACUUUAGUGGAGGGAAAUAUUUGAUAAAAACUGGGCAUACUGGCACUAAUGUUAUGGAUGUUCAUUUGAUGUCAUUCCGUAAACGCUAUGCGACAAAAUAAUGAAAUAAAUAGUUUCGAUAAACA